AUGGGCGACAGUGGAUCUUUUAUUUUCACCCCAGACAAAGAAGACCAGGAAAAGGAAACUGUCCAAAUAGUGUCAAUACAGUCAAGAAAUAUGGAGAAAGAGGCGGCUAGGAAAAUGGAUUUUCCAAUAAAUAUCAGUUUUACAGAAGCAGCUGACAAAUGUUUCGAGAGUUUGCGUGUUGAAAAGAAAAUCGAAAUAAACUUACCAACAAAGGAGAUCAUGCACGAAGAUGAGAUGGCAAGUGCAAAAUUUAGUAAAUCUAUGGUUGGAAGGAAAUUUAGAGAAAAAGAAACCAAAAAAUUAGCAUCAGCAUCACUCCCACCUCAUUCUCUCAUAACCAGCGAUAUAAGACGAUUGGCUGUGAAGAUAAGGAUCAUAUUGAUUGGGAAGACAGGUUCUGGGAAAAGCUCAUCAGGUAACACUAUUCUAGGACGAUCUGCCUUUCCUGUGGUGCCAGGGGGUACCUCCGUUACAAGAAAAUGUUCCUUUGCCAAGGGACACGUACGAGGAAGACAGCUAUUGAUUGUUGACACACCGGGCUUGUUUGACAGUCAUUUACCAAUUCAUGAAACGCAAGCCGAACUUAUUAAAUGUAUUGGUCUCGCUGCCCCUGGUCCCCAUAUGUUUCUAAUCUUUUUGCCGUCAAACAUUCGCAUUACGCCAGAGGAAAAUGAUGCGUUAAAUCUACUGAAACAAACAUUUGGGGACGCAAUGGUAAAUUACUCCAUGGUUGUGUUUACAAAGCUAGAUGAAAUGAAGAGACAGUUUUUGACUGAGAAGACAUUACUGGAAAGGCUUCCGGUUAGCGUGAAAUCAUUUAUCGAACUUUGUAAAGGAGGACAUAUGUUUCUUAAUAACAAUGCAUUAAAUCAUGAAAACGAAAAGCAAGUAGAAGAAUGUAUUAAUAGGGUGGAGUUUGUAAUGGACCAAAACAUUCCAAAAUGUUUUUCAAACCAAGAAUUUGAAAUUGCAGCGAAGAUUAUGUCUGAUUACAAGAAGGAAAUUAGAGAUAAGAAAAAACCACUGAGACAGAUUGAAGACGAAUCUAACAUAACCGAACUCAAAGAGGAGGUGGAAGACGAUCAAAUAUGUGUGCCAGGUGUGGAGGAUAUUGAAGAGCAGGAAGAAAGUGACAACCAGUAUAGACAAGAAUGUGCUGAUGAUGGAGGUGUAUUCCAAGCUUUAAUGCAAGGACUUAGACAUUUCUACGAAAGAAUCAAAAACAUGUUUCAAUCCAUUACCAGAUAA